AUAUGAAUCCAACGGUCACUUUAAGGAAUGCACCGCGAGCCGCAGAUUAACGGUCAAAAAAUGUGGCUUCGUGGGAAAGGCGGUUAAGUCUCGUUGACACGGAUAUGAGAGAUUUUCCAGGAGUAUCUCUCUUCGCUACAAAGAACCAAAACACGAGAAUGGUGCGGCGAUGGAGUCUCUAUUAAUAAAACCCCCUUUUUGUUCCCUCUUUUAUAGAGAAUGCAGUAGAUAUUGACUUUAAAACCACCCACCAUUUACCAGUGAAAUUACUGGGAAUUUCCUUCUUGGAAGUCAUGUUCUUGGACAUGUUUUCCGUAGCCUAAUAAAUACAUUGUGAUGUCCGUGCUUGGAGAUGGAAAUCUUGUUGCAUGCUUGGCCGAUUGAAACCAAACAAUGGAGAACCAUAAGAAUCCGAUUGUUCGAAUCCAUUCCCAUGUUGAGAUGGCACCACUAGAGGACAGGGCAGUUCUGGAUUUACAGGAUGAGAGUCUUGAUAGUCCUGAAUCAAUUGCUAGACAUCAACAUUAUAAUAUGAAUACCGUUGAUUCUCAAGAUGGUUGUGUCACUUACAUCAGAAAGAAUAGUGUGUUAAAUAGCAUAAAGAUUGUAGUAUUCUCAACCAAACUCAACUUACUUAUUCCUUUCGGACCUCUAGCAAUCUUGGUGGACAAAUUCAUUGGUAAUCAUGGUUGGGUCUUUGUGUUGAGCUUAUUGGGCAUCAUACCUAUGGCUGAGCGUCUGGGCUUUACUACAGAGCAGCUGGCAUUUUUUACUGGACCAACAGGUAUUUCGUCUUUCGCCAUUGCUAACCAGCAACCUCUAUUAAAUUUUUGUUAUUUUAAUAUUAUUGGAGGUCUUUUGAAUGCUACUUUUGGAAAUGCAACAGAAUUGAUAAUAUCAAUUUUAGCAUUAAGAAAUGGCAUGAUGCGUGUUGUUCAGCAGUCGUUACUUGGGUCAAUUUUGUCCAAUAUGCUGCUAGUCCUUGGAUGUGCAUUCUUCAGUGGUGGACUUGUAGUUAGAAAGAGAGAACAAGUGUUUAAUAAGGCAGCUGCUGGAGUGAACUGUGGAUUGCUCUUGAUGGCAGUCAUGGGCCUCCUGUUUCCUGCUGUCCUCCAUGCCACACACACAGAAGUGCAUUUUGGGAAGUCUGAGUUGGCUCUUUCUAGGUUUAGUAGCUGUGUCAUGCUUGUGGCCUAUGCUGCCUUUCUACAUUUCCAGCUGAGAAAACAGGACACAUUAUAUGUUUCAGUUGACGAGAAUCCAAGUCAAAUAAAUACAGACGAUGAAGAGGAUCCUGAGAUCUCGAAAUGGGAAUCAAUAAUAUGGCUCUCUCUUAUUACUUCAUGGAUCUCAGUCCUCUCAGAGUACCUAGUUGAUGCCAUUGAGGGAGCUUCUGUUUCUUUGAAGAUGCCAAUGGCAUUCAUUAGUGUUAUUCUGCUCCCUAUUGUUGGAAAUGCAGCAGAGCAUGCGAGUGCGAUUGUUUUUGCUAUGAAGGACAGGCUUGACAUAUCUUUGGGUGUGGCAAUAGGUUCAUCUACACAGAUAUCCAUGUUUGGGGUCCCCUUUUGCGUGGUCAUUGGGUGGAUCAUGGGGCAUCCCAUGGACCUAAAUUUUCAACUCUUUGAAACUGCCACACUUUUCAUUACUGUUCUAGUGGUAGCCUUCAUGCUCCAGGAGGGGACCUCUAAUUACUUCAAAGGAUUAAUGCUCAUUUUCUGCUACCUGAUAGUCGCUGCAAGUUUCUUUGUACAUAUAGACCCUACUUCAGUAGAAGAUGAACCCGGAAAACCAAGUGGAUGAAGAGAAUGGAUCAAUGUGGUAGAUAGCUGAACCGUGAGCGCUGUUCGAUGUACAGAAGACUUGGUUCUGGUCUAGACCUCCCUCUGAGUCUGAGUCCAUCGAGAGUGGCAGAUUCAGCUCAGGUGUUGUAAUAUGCUCAAAUUGACAAGAUUCUAUGUGAAGAAGCUUUAUUAGAUCAAUUGUUGAACCCAUUGGGAUCAGUCUCAAAUCACUUACAGUAGCAAUUGUUAAUAAAAUAAGAGACAAGACUAACCUUAUUAU